CGCCGAGGCGGGCGCUGAGGCGGCGCCGCGCGAGCAGCAGCAGAGGCGGCGGCGGCCCCCAGCCCAGCCCGGCGCCGCCGCCGAGCCCGGGCCCCACGGUGCGGCGGCGCCCCAAGUUCCCGCCAUGAGCAGCCGGCUCUGGGGGCUCCGUGGCUCCGGGGACCCCCUCCCGGCCGAGCGCGACCGCAGCGCCCCGCGGCCCCGACGCGCCUAACGCCGCCGCUCCCCGGUCCCGCCGCCGCCGCCGCCGCCCGCGUCCCCGCUGCCGCCGCCUCGGCCGCCGCAGCGCCGCCAGCAGCAUGUCUCGAAGGAAGAUUUCGUCCGAGUCCUUCAGCUCCCUGGGCUCCGACUACCUGGAGACCAGCCCCGAGGAGGAGGGGGAGUGCCCCCUGUCUAGGCUCUGCUGGAACGGCAGCCGGAGCCCGCCCGGGCCGCCGGAGCCCCGCGCGGCCGCCGCCGCCGCCCCGGCCCCGGCUGUCUCCGCCGCCGCCGCCGCCGCCGCCACGGCCGGGGCCAGGAGGGCGCAGCGCCGGAGGCGGGUCAACCUGGACUCGUUGGGCGAGAGCAUCAGCCGCCUGACGGCACCCUCGCCUCAGACGAUACAGCAAACUCUCAAGAGGACAUUGCAGUAUUAUGAGCACCAAGUUAUAGGUUAUAGAGAUGCAGAAAAGAAUUUCCACAAUAUCUCUAACAGAUGCUCCUAUGCAGACCGUCCCAACAAAGAGGAAAUUGAAGAUGUCUCAGGAAUUCUUCAAUGUACUGCUAACAUACUAGGUUUGAAGUUUGAGGAAAUUCAAGAAAGAUUUGGUGAGGAGUUCUUUAAUAUAUGCUUUCAUGAGAAUGAGAGAGUCCUUCGAGCUGUAGGUGGCACGUUGCAGGACUUUUUUAAUGGCUUUGAUGCUUUGUUGGAACACAUUAGAACUUCUUUUGGAAAACAGGCCACUCUGGAGUCACCAUCGUUCCUAUGCAAAGAGCUUCCUGAAGGUACUCUUAUGCUCCACUACUUCCACCCUCAUCAUAUUGUGGGGUUUGCAAUGCUGGGCAUGAUUAAGGCUGCAGGAAAGAAGAUCUAUCGGCUAGAUGUGGAAGUGGAACAGAUUGCAAAUGAGAAACUGUGCUCUGAUGGUUCAAACCCAGGCAAUUGUAGCUGUCUUACUUUCCUUAUCAAAGAAUGUGAAAAUACUAAUAUCACGAAGAACCUUCCACAGGGAACCUCCCAAGUUCCUGCGGACCUCAGAAUUAGCAUCAACACCUUCUGCAGAGCCUUCCCUUUCCACUUGAUGUUUGACCCCUACAUGUCAGUCCUACAGCUGGGGGAAGGCCUAAGGAAGCAGCUCCGAUGCGACACUCACAAAGUGCUCAAGUUUGGUGACUGCUUCGAGAUUGUUUCUCCAAAAGUUAAUGCCACCUUCGAAAGGGUCCUGCUGCGACUGUCCACCCCGUUUGUGAUUAGGACCAAGCCUGAGGCUUCUAGCACUGAAAAUAAAGACAAGGUGAUGGAAGUCAAAGGACAAAUGAUCCAUGUCCCAGAAUCAAAUUCCAUUUUGUUCUUGGGCUCUCCCUGUGUGGACAAGUUGGAUGAACUCAUGGGCCGAGGGCUGCACCUCUCAGACAUCCCUAUCCAUGAUGCCACCCGAGAUGUCAUUUUGGUUGGCGAGCAGGCAAAGGCCCAAGAUGGCUUGAAGAAGAGGAUGGAUAAAUUAAAGGCAACUUUAGAAAGAACUCACCAGGCCCUGGAAGAAGAGAAAAAGAAAACAGUGGAUCUUCUAUAUUCUAUUUUCCCUGGCGAUGUAGCCCAGCAGUUGUGGCAAGGGCAGCAAGUGCAGGCCAGAAAGUUCGACGAUGUCACCAUGCUCUUUUCAGACAUUGUUGGCUUCACAGCCAUAUGUGCCCAGUGUACUCCCAUGCAAGUGAUCAGCAUGCUGAAUGAACUGUACACCAGAUUUGACCACCAGUGUGGAUUUUUGGAUAUUUAUAAGGUGGAAACAAUAGGUGAUGCAUAUUGUGUUGCCGCAGGACUCCACAGAAAAAGCCUCUGCCAUGCUAAACCCAUUGCUCUGAUGGCUCUGAAGAUGAUGGAACUUUCAGAAGAGGUGCUGACACCUGAUGGAAGACCAAUUCAGAUGAGGAUAGGCAUUCACUCAGGCUCCGUGCUGGCUGGAGUUGUUGGAGUGAGAAUGCCGAGAUAUUGCCUGUUUGGAAAUAAUGUCACUUUGGCAAGCAAAUUCGAAUCGGGAAGUCACCCUCGGCGCAUCAACGUCAGCCCGACCACUUACCAAUUAUUAAAAUGGGAAGAAAGUUUCACAUUCAUUCCUCGAUCCCGUGAAGAGCUUCCAGACAACUUUCCAAAGGAAAUCCCUGGGAUCUGCUAUUUUCUGGAGGUAAGGACUGGUCCUAGGCAGCCGAAGACUUCUCUUUCUUCAUCGAGAAUAAAAAAGGUUUCCUACAACAUUGGCACCAUGUUCCUCCGGGAGACGAGCCUCUGAGACCUGCUGCAGAUCAAAGACUCCUCCAAAAAGCACAAGCCCAGAGCAUGGGUCACCACUGGAGAGUGGAAAGAGAUUGCUUCUCUUUCACUGCUUUGUUGAGAACAAGCAGCGGAAUUUCUGUGUUAUGUCAGGCAAUAAUCCUAGAAAAAGGUGGGUGAUGACUGUCAAUAAAAAAACUGGAGGGCAGGGGAGAAAUAGGACGUGUCCAUCCAUCUGAGUGUUUUUGGUCAUAUCUAUAUUUUAAUUACAAGUAUGGGCCCCCUUUCACAACUAACCAAUAAAUAGAUUCUGUGUUUUCUUGUUUGUCACACAUACAGGUAUCUUUCCCUAUAUAUUUGUAUCACUUUUGAGAGCCAGUUUUGAUUACAUAUUCCUACAUUUAGUGAGUUGGUAUGUGAGGAAUAUUUUCUAAUUUGGUUUUUCUGAACAGACAUUUCAUAUGUAUAUCACGGCGGUGUGGUAAACUUCCCAGCAGGAAGAACUGUAACUCAGCAAAAUAUUUUAGGGAUAUUACCUAUUUUUAUACACAUUUCUUCUUCUAGAUGAUUACAUUUCACACAACAUUAAUAGAUUUUCAGAAUCUGCUACUGUAUAGUUGGUAUAUUAUGUGACUCUAACCUAUUAAUCUAAUAUUGUUUCACUUGUUUAGAGAAAUUAGUGCUUGGACUGAGAAUACAUAUAACUAAGGAUUUCAGAUGCUGAGAAAGCAUUGUUUGUCUGCUUAGUAAAUAUAUCUUUUAGAUUUAACUAAUGUAGCAUGGAAUCCAGAGGAAAUGGAAUUUCCUAAUAGCAGAUAUAUCUGUAACCAAAAUUAAGGAAAGGUCUUUUUGCCAUCUUCUGACAAAUAUGGUUAAAAUGAAAUGCUCUGCUACAUUGGACCCUUUUCAAUUUAGCACUUAUAAAUAUAGGUAGUUCUUGCAACAUACUAAAGUGCAUUCUGAUAAACAGAAUCCUACUAAAUGACAUGUUAGUACUCCCCCUCCCCUUCCUUGUUGGAUGCCUGCUAAGGGUUAACUGCCACUCUCGGGCGCAGAUCCCUGAAUAGUGGCAUUAGUGAGAAAGAGGUGCAGGACAUGUUGCCAAGGAUGUUGUUUCUCCUUGCAUGAUAAAAAGCAAGGAUAAACUUGUAUUUUAUGACUUUGAGAUAAAAAAAAAAAUGUUCUUCUGCAGUUUGAUUGAUGUGGCUUUUAAAUUCAGUGAAUCACCUUCAUGAGCGCUGAACUAGGUCUAACCUUUAGACCUGGUAAUCACCAUAGUUACCAAUAGGCUUCCAUCACAUGUUUGGCUAAAAUGAAGACAUGUUCCCAUUAAUUAGCACUGCAUGAAAAUGUAGUUACAGACUCACUCUGAAAUUAGGAGCACAGUGUGUCCAGAGUUUUCCUAUUUUGGAUCAGAUAUAAAACCUAAAUUUCUAUUGAAUUUCAUGAGCUGGAAGCAUUUGUUUCCUUGAAACCUUAGAGUGGCCAUUUUCUUACUCCAAUAGGUAUAGUCAUUGGUAACUUAUGUCAACUGAAAGUAAUGUUUUUCUUUUUCUGGUCAGAGAUUUUGGCUACAUUAUGAUUUGGUUAUGAUAUAACUCAGCUAAGGAACAUACUAACUAGCAUCCAAUGUAGUCUAUGAGGCUUAAUUAGUGUUUUUAAGUUCUCUAAGUGUGUAGCUAGAAAACAUUUAUAGAUAUGCAAAGUAUUUGUUAUAAUGAGGAUCACUUUUAUAAUUGUUGAACUCUAUUCUCACCCUGGGGCUUAUGAGGAUGCUAGUGCAACACUCGUCGCGUGGAAACAAGACCUAGACCCCGAGCUCUCUGAGUCCUUGCCUGUCCCUCUCUUCCCUGGGUCUAGGUCUCUGUUUUGAACCACGUGGGGGUGAGAAGACCAGGGUGUUUACAGGAGGCUGUGUAGGCUGAGGACAGGGUGCUCUCAUGGGGGUAAUUACUCAGAAAGGAAUCUUUUCAGGGGACUGGGAGAUUAACCCCCUUCCUUCACAGGGAAUAGGGAGGAGGUUUACAGUCAAUGUGGACAGACCAGGCUGGGAGCACCUAAAUACUCAUGCCAAGUUAGGAAAUACCUUAGCUGUGCUGAGAGGGGUUCCUUAUAGCAUGGGAGUAUGGGGAGAAAACCAAGCUCACUGAAGUCAUUUAUCCUUAUUCUGCACAGUAACCUAGAACUUAUUAUGAUGUAGUAAAUCAGUAAACAUUUUGGUGGUAAACAAUGUGUUUUGUAACCAUAAGGCUGAACAAGACUUCCAGGAAUCAUCCAAUCUAUUUCUCUGCUUUUUGUAAAGAUUUGUCUCAACAACUAUUGUAAACAUAUGAUUAUUCUUUCUAUAGUUAAGAUUAUCUAUGGGAAGCAUAUUUUAAAAGCAUCAUUGAAAAUCCACUUCAUUAUCUGUUAAUUGGUAAUAAGACCCAAGACAUGAAUUGUAUAUACAUUCAGUUUGUCAGAAGAAUAACAAACUCUUUCUUAGUUUAUAUGAUUUUACUUAGAGAAGAAGUAGCCAUUUACAUUGUCACAAAUGUCAGAAUGAAGAAUAUGCCAGAGAACUAUUAGACAGGAUGUAAACUACAUUUUUCAUACAAUAUAAUCUAAAUGUAUCUUUGAAGCUCUAGUCUGAGGCAGUGGUCUAAUCUGUUACUAUUUUGCCAACCUAGUACAGUUUAUUAUUAUAGUUACACUGUUGCUAUAUGUGUUUGCAAGGUACUGUAUAAAUUAACUCAUUCUAGCUGCAGUCAUAGAAUUUAGAAGCUGUGAAAAAGUAUUAUGUUUUUAUUUGUCCUAUAUGAUAUAGUCCACAUAUCCUCCAUUAGGAAUUGUGACAAUAACAAUGGGUGGUGGUUGGUAUUUCAUUUGACUAAUAUCUAUACAGUAUUCUCACCUACAAACUAUUACACACAUCGUGCAUUUUAGAGUGUCAGAUUAAAAUGAAUUUAAGUGGAUGUCCCAUUAGAAAUCAAGUGGUAUUAAAUUGGGAAAAUGGCUUAAACCCACUCUAAAAGUGAUAUUUUAAGAUAUAAUUUUGUACCUAUACCUCCUCUGUUUUAGUGUUCUUUCAAGCAACUAAUUUGAAGAAGUGACUUUAUGACUAGCCAUGAGUACCAAAGCUUCAUAUUGGCAGCAGAAUCAAGUUAGAAACCUCCAUAUGCACCCAAAACAUAUUGCACAGUAUGUGCUUUGUGAACUUUAAUAAAUAGGUAACAUUAGCCAUAAUAAAAAGAAUAAUACUCAAUGCCUGGAUAACUCAUAUAGUUGGGUCUCUUGGCUGUGUAGUAUGGUGUGAAUAAGGGAGAGAAGAUAUAGCUUCUAGGUGACAGGUGACCCAACUGUCUAAAAUCUUCCUCAAUAUUCGUCUAUUCUCUUAUAUUUUAAAUUAUUUUGGAUUUCACCUUUAAUACCUAAUUAUGUAUGGAGUCCAGUGAGCUAUGACCUAUUGUGACUCUGAGACAGGCAUGGAUGCCUGAGACUUGAGAGUGUGUCUGUGGAUUCACUGCUGCAAAUGUGAACUCUUGUGGUCUCACACUUGUUCCUCUUGUUCAGUGACAAGAGUAUCAGGAAUGUAGUGUUUUAUUGUGAAAGUGCAAAAGUGUGUGCCUCUCCAGGAAAAACAGAGCAAAACAGGACAGCAACUUAAACAAAAUUUUGUUCACAAGUGCAGCAAGGCUUUUAAUUUUGCAAAUUCCUCCAGAGUUCCAACAAUAAAGCAAAAUUAAAUUGAUAGAUACAAAAGGCAAAGCCACAGAGAAUUUGGAAAACCACCAGGCUCUGUGUUUUGUGCAGAAUCAUAUUGCUACCAAUUGAAAUAGUGUAUUUGAGGUUGUGAGGUAUCAAGAGUGAGCUCAAGAUUAUGACCAUCAUUAAAUGUAUUUAUUGAUGCCUCCUUGAACUCCUGGCUUGCUGAGGGCAGGUGUUGUGGACCAUCGGGGUAGAGAGUAAAACUUCUACACUUAGAUUUCUGUCUCAUCAUGCAUUUUGAGCACUACUUAGCCCAUGCCCAGGCCCUCUCUUACUCCAUGCUGUCACUGGAAACCAUCUCCCUCCCCACCCCCAAGCCUGGACUCAUCAAACACCAUCUUCUCUGUACCCCUGAACCUAACAUGGCCACCAAAAGAGUUGCUGUUGCCUGUUUCAGGCAGAGAGGAAGACCUACACAACUCCUGGCCCAAGGAACAAUGCACUUCUGAAGUGAACUAACCAUUCUCAGUUGUGCUGGGGCGUGGCUUACAUCUGCAGCUUCUCCCUCUGCUUUUUCUUCAAAAUACAAUCUGACUUCAAGCACUUGGUGUAACUUCUCUGAAUGUUCCUUCAGAAUCAAUUAUCCAUGACUCUGAAUAGGCUUUGGGUGGCACCAGAUGCCUUUCAGCCAACAAUACCCAGAAACUCAAGUCUAAGAACCAAGCUCUAUAUUACAGCCUGAGUAUUUAUAUUAUUAGAUUAUAGAUCUUCAACUACAAAAAUUAUGUCAUUUCAGAGGUUCCUACAAGCAUACCUUAUUAGGUACCACCUGAAAAACAUGAUGCAUGAGAGACUAAAUUAUUAAGGUUUGACAUAUUGCAGGCUGAGUGGUGAUUCUUUAUGGGUAGCUCUUGAUACGAAUGUACUUAAACUCACAACCAGCUGAUUUAAAAUACACGCAAAUUAUGUUGACGAGAUUGAACAAAUUUUAUUGUUAAAUGGGUAAAUUGACCCCAGCUUUGGACUCAAUUCAGGCUCCUCAGGUGGUGAAUGAAGAACACUGAUAUUAUACACAGAUUAACAUAAAUCUUGUCAGAGUAUAUUGAGAUAGUGUGCAAAAUUCCUUCCUCACACUUGAUUCAAACAAUUGAAACCUAAAUAUUAUUGUCCUGCCACCUUUCUAUUUCCUUUAUUCCUUUGUUCUUUCUUUCCUUCCUUCUUCCUUUUAUGAAAAAAGAGAGUCAUUGAUACAUUUAUAACACAGGAAGAAUCACAGUUCAUCUCAUGUUGUAAAAUAGUUUUAUAAAGUAAUGAAUAUUCUUAGUUUGAGUGUGUGUUGAAGGUAGAUAUUACAUAAUUAAAAGGAGUGACAUUUUAGAAGGACUUGGGAUGUAGAGAAGUAAAGUUUGUGUCUUUAUUUCUAAUGUGUGAUGACCAGACCACAGCUUCAGUCAAGUGCCUCAUUGCCAUCCCAUACUUAUUAAGAAAUGGUCCUGCUCAAUGGUUCAACUCAUCAGCUUGGCAGUGUCUGGCUGCCUUCAUAAGAAUUACCUAGGAAGGUUUUAAGAAUACAAAUUACUAGGUUUUACCUUCAGAGAUUUGGAUUCAGUAGAUUUCAGGUGGGGCCUAGGCAUGUGUAUUUAGAAAAUCACUCUAGGUAAUGCUAAUAUACAGCCAGAUUUGGGAAUCAUUGAAGAGUACUCAAAUAAUCCCAAUUACUGGAAAUAAAUACAAGUUGACUGAGAUAGCAAUAUAUUAUUUGUAGUUAUUUUGAAAAGCUAAAUACCCUGGGCUUCAUAGCAUUAUUUCUUUCACAAAUUUUAAUUUUAGCUUUGGUUUCAAGUUUAUAAUCUGCCUUUGAACAUGAGUCUUCAAACUUAUUAGAGAUAGAAGUCAACACUGAUAAGCAUGAGGGAUGAAUAUUGCUCACUAUAGGGCUAUUAGGCACACUAGAUAUGGUACCAUUUUCUUAGUUACUGCUGGAGCUGUGCAGUGUAUCACAAUAUUUGCUGAUCCUCACCACCAAGAUAUAAACUAUGAACUUUUGGACAGAGAAGCAAAUGUCGAAGUGACAGCCUUGUUUCUGAAUGCUUCGAUUUUUAUAUUAUGAAAAGUCACCAACCUAAUACUUUGUCUCACUCUGUACUUUUCAUAUUGAAUUGUACAUUCGUCUAAAAAUGAUUUCCUAGCAAUAUCUUGUAACAACCUUUCAAGCAAUAAUUUAAGCAAUGGUGAUGAUGCCAUAUGAAACUUCCACUUCUGUGCACUUCAUAGAACCUUUAGGGAAAUAGAAACAUGUUUUCCAUAAGCAAUAAUAUAGCUAGUGUGAACUUUUAAAAGAUACUCACCGUUUACGACAGCAAAAUGAGCAGCAGUUGAUGACUCAGAUAUAAAUUAUCUGAGCAAAUAACAUGCUUAAUAAUCUAUCUCAUAAGUCAUUCUUUUGCACACAUGCUAUAAAGUAAUUAAUAUACUCCCAUCACAUUAUUUCUGUUGUAUAAUUUUUAAAAUACCUCUCAUAAUAUGAUUUAUAUUCCUCUUAAGAGAUUUGUGUGUGUAUGUAAUGUUGCCCAGAUUUUCAGAUCUUUGUAGUAUAUAAUAGUAAAGAGUAGUUAAGCAUGGAGAAAUGAGUAAAAGCAGAGCAUAGAUUGGGUGAGUUGACUGAGAAAGUACUCUUUGCAAAAAUAUAGAUGGGUCUUCAGACAAGUUAAUUAAUUCAAAUGUUGGUUUGAUAAAGUCAGAAGACGAAUGAUUAAAGAUAAAAAGAGCUCAUUACCACUGUUUUCUAUGAUGGCAAGUGUUUAGUAAGUAUAAUAGUACUUUGGCUUCAGAAUAUGAUUGGUUGAAAGUCAUCUGUGGUAUAAUUAAUAAACAUCUGAAAAUGAUCAUGUAGUCAUAUUGAAGAUAACCUGCCCUUCUCAGCUGUUUUGAUGAUAGUGCUAAAACUUGCAGAUUUCAAAAUGGAUAAUUCAUAUUUUUAGUCUCAUUAAAAUAUAAUUUUAAUCAAAUGUGGCAUAGUCAAUAAUAAUCAUCCCUUUAAUAGUUAAAUUACCCCUCCAUCAUUUAGGAUAAUGUAUUAAGAUUACAGCUAAAAGCAACUGGUAAACUUAUGUUACACUGAGGAGCUUCUAAGCAUCAGAUUAUUAUUUAGCAAAGUCGUAUAAGCUUAGGAUCCAUUCCUAAGCAUCUAAAUGAGAUUACAGCUCCUCUUAUUGCUGAGCUGGGUCAACUCCCUUCUAAUCGUGAAUCCAACCCCGACCACAAUUGGAAUGGUGUGUGAGUUGGCUAGUAUUUUUACCUUCUUGUUACCCGUGGCAAAACUCAAGUUAGCAUCCUCUUCCCCAUAAUUCAGAAAAUUUCCCUAUAAAAAUCAAACAGGAUUGUUGUUUCACUGAGAAAGAUUUUGACAAUUAUCUUUUUGUAUAUUAUUGGAUGCUUAACUCUUAAGAAGCUUGCUUUUUAAUUUUUAAUAAAUAAUGAAAAAUACUUAAUUUGAAUCCAUUAAAUUAUAGUGAAUUUAUCCUCUCAGUUAAUUCAUCUAGUUGCUGAUCAGAUCAUUCUUCAUAUUAGACUUAAGCGCUGUUGGUUAUUAUUUGAAAGCAGCAGCAACAAGAAAAACUAGGUGGCAAGCCUAAGUAAUAGCUUGCUUCUGGUUCUUUCGAUACAAAUUUUAAAAGUAAAGGAAUCGGUUUAUAUUCAUUCUUCCUCUGUGGCUUUUUCACUAUUUGGAGAUAAAGAAGGGAUUCUACUAAAUAUAUUUUUACUAUGGUCUAUUAAAUGUAAUUAAAUUUAAGCAGGACAGCAAUGUAUUAAUUGAGGUAAAAUCAGAAAUGUGCAAAAUUGCUUCUUCACACCACCUCACUUUUUAAAGACAAUUUCUGCCAUUUUGCUGCCUGGCAAUCAUACAUCAGACUGAGGACACAGGGACAGAUGGAGAGAGUGGGAUGGACAGGAGUUUUAGAUGAGAUUGAACAAAGAGAUUUAAUUUUUUUCUUCAUGAAGGUAUAGAUACCCUUAAAGGAGAGGCAGUUUCUAUAGCAGACACCUCUUGUUUAAUGAAAGCCAAAUGAUUUAUCUGACUGCUGUUCAUUUUUAUUUUAAAAAGAAAAGAGAAAAACAUCCUUCACAAGCCAUUUUUGUUUUUUUUAGUAGUGUCAACCUCUCAGCAGCUGCACAUAUCAGUGAAACUGGGAUUAGAAACUCACAGAGCUAUAUAUAGAAAUUCUCUGAAGGUGACGGAUAGAACUAGUCUUGGUUACAUUGAUGAAGGUAAAUGAAAGUGUCAGAACAUCUGGACUGAAGGAAGAAAGAAGGCCAAAUACCAGCUCUGCCAUAUGUCACAGAAAAGCCUGCUAAAAUUAGCACAAAAGAACAGACUAUCAGUGUGCAAGUGAUAUUAAAACAAAACAGUUUUUUCCUUUUAUAACAUGCCUGGCUGAGCUAAUAUUCAGUGAGAAGAAUGCAAUUUAAUUUUAUACAUUCUUUUUCUGUUGUUCUGACAUUAUAGAAAUUACAUCUUUCCCUAGUUGGAAAAUUUAAUCAUAAAGAACAGGAAAUAUUUAUUCUAUGUCCUAAAAUCCGUAAAAUUAUUUCGGGGGCUAUACUAUACGCCAUAUGCUUCUUCACCUUGUUCUCAAAUUGGGCUUUGGCUGCUAGCAAAACAAGUGGUCAACUUUAGAGUAGAAAGAAGCCUUGAUGACCCCAGGUCUAUCCAUCUCAUUCAGGGAUGCUCCAGAGAGUUGGAGCUGGGGAGAGAGUCCCGCACAGCAUUUGAUGGGGUUCUGUGGGAGAGAUGAAGAUAUAUUCCCAGUCUUCUAAAAUUAAAGGUGGUUAGGUAGCCUCUUAUCAUCAUUUAGAAAUGUUUCACUUACAUGUAACUGGUUGAUUCAAGCAGAGUUUGUUGAGAACAGAAAUUUUAAAAGGAAGAAACAAACUGGAACAAUUUUUAAUCAGAAUUAUCAGUUAGCAAAAUAAUUUAGGACAAAAACUUGCUGUCCCAGAAGAGUCAACUUACUCAUAUCCAAAAGUCAGAAUGCUAGACACUUUUGAACAUUUUCUAAAUGUAUGGAGUUCUUCAUCACUGAGAAAAAAAAAUAAUUUUGUUUACGGAUUCCUUAAUGUUUUAUCCCCUGGAGAUAAAACGUAACUAUAAAUUACAUAAAAUUUUUUUCUCCAUGUUUUCAUUUGUUGCAGAAAAAAAUGUAGAAGAUGCCUUAAAUAAGACAAACUUACAGAUUGUGGCAUUGAGCCCUGGUUUGCAAAUUUGGCAGCAUCCAUUUACUUAAAAUAAUAAACUGGUUUUAAUAAUAUAAGGAUUAAAGAUAACAGUCCAACAAUACUGUAUUCAGACUUGGUCACAUUAAGAUAUAGAGCAAAGCAUCUCAAAUUAUACAGAAUGAAAUCUGUCAAAGUCAAUUUAUGUUUAAAGCCUUUGAACAACAAAUAUGAAUGUUUCUGUGUCGCCUCUAACAGGGAACUGUGCAUUUCCAUACCCACACUUCAGUUCCUCGAGCAAUUCUCUUAUUGCCUCCCAAGAAGCUUUCCUUUGUGGCCGAUAUCAUUAACUUUCAAGGCUAGCAAGAGAGUAUGGCUUUCUCCUGAGACUGGAGUGAUCUGGAUCAAUAUAUUUGUGUAUAACCACUUACAAGCCCUCCUGCCUUUUAACUUUUUUAGUUCAAAUCUCCAUGGUUAAAGUGAAGCAAAAUAUUGGAGCAGCCAGGCAGUUUAUCAACAACAUGAAACCUCUCUCCAAAUUUUAUUGGUAUAACUUGCCAUGUUGAAAUUAAAGCCUAACUUCGACUUGGAGUCUCAGAUAAAUUCUUUUGUAUUAUUUGACUAGAAAGUAUUAUCAAGAAGAAGAAAUUAACUCUUAUGGUAGAUCUCAUUCUGGCCAAGAAGGUCUAGAUAAACUAGAUGGCUGUAUAAUUAUCUACAAUAAUUCAGGGAAAUUUUUUUUUUAAUUCUUUACUUUUUGCUCUUGUUGUGCAAAGAUAAUUAUUAGUAGACGGCAGCCAAAAUUAUUAUUCCUAUCUUUUAAAUUUGUUUCAAGUGUGUCACCGGGCACUUGUAAAAUCCAUCCCUUUCAUUUGUUAUGUAACUCAAUGACCUGGAAUAAUGGGUACUCAGAACUU